CAAUAAACACAAAAGAAGAAGAAGAAGCGUUGUGUGACGCUGUGACCUGAAGGUCUCCGGCCUUUAGCUAGAGCUGCACGGUGAGCGUGUCUGUGAACUUCCCCAGGCUGUCUUUCCGAAAAGCACAGCAGAGCCGCGAUGUUUAAGUGCAAGACAGUAUGGAAUAAACUGGCUCCGCUGGCCCGGGCCUCAUCCACGCUGUGUCUGCAGAAUGCGAGGAAAUCAGCGCUGAGACAUGGGAGAAGGCUGGAGAUGGUUCAGAAAGCCCAGAUGUCAUCAGGGCCGGCAGGAGGGGGUGGUGAAAACACUCUGUAUUACGUCCUGAUUGGAGCAACAUGUCUGGGGGCAGGAGUUUAUGCGUACCGCACCGUCUCAGGGGACAAGGAAAGAUAUAAUGAGCGUAUGAUAGAUCUUGUCAACAGACCAAAACAAGGGCCACGAGCAGCUGAGGCUGUCACUGAAGUUGUGGCAGAAUCAAAAGAAGAAACAGAGCCUACAGCUGUAAUCAUCGCUGAGCAUGUUCCAGAGGCUUCGUCUGUUUCUGAGAGUGCUGCAGUUCCUAAAGCAGCUCCUGCUGCUGAGCCCUGUUGAACCCACUGCUGCUUCCCUCGGAUGUC